AUCAAAAAGGGAAACAGAAAUUAUUUUAUAUUCUGAUAGGGACAAAAACAAGAAAAUGUCUCAUAAUGAUGAAGCUGAAUCUAUUUCUGAAAAUGAAGCUGACGAUGAAGCUGAAUCAGACACCGAUACAGUCAAAGAUGUAAAGUCGCGUAAACCAAAUACCAAACAUAAAGGAAUUAAGGGCGAUAAGAAAAAGAAAGGUAAAGACAGCAAAGAAACUGCUCAGCCAGGUGGGAGCUUUAUAGGGUCCUGUGUGAGUGACAUUAUCACGGUUACAUUUGAAAAGAAGUACGAUGAAAAAGUCCUGGAAGCCAAGUCAAAAAGCAAACAAAGUCUUCAAGGAAGUGUCAAAUCUUUAAGCGUUGCUGAUGAAAAAAUAGAAGUCUUGGGAACCAAACAGAGUCAAGUGCGUACCGAUUCUCUAGGCGAUGAUUCCAAAAAAAAGGAUACUUUAAGAAGCAAACAUAGCCUUCGGCGAAGUCACGAAUCCUUACGUCAGGAUUCCCAAGACGAUGAUUCCAAAAAGAAAGGUAUUAUAAAAAGCAAACAUAGCUUUCGACGAAGCCACGAGUCUUUGGCUCAUGAAUCCCAAGACGAUGACUCCGAAGAGAAAGAAAUGAUAAAAAGUGAACAUAGUCUUAAACGAAGCCACGCAUCGUUACGUCAUAAAUCCCAAGACGAUUCCGAAAAGAAAGGUGUUAUAGAAAGCAAACAAAGUCUUCAACGAAGCCACGCAUCGUUACGUCAUGAAUCCCAAGACGGUUCUGAAAAGAAAGAAAUGAUACAAAGUAAACAUAGUCUUCAACGAAGCCACUCAUCUUUACGUCAUGAGUCCCAAGACGAUCCCGAAAAGAAAGAAAUCAUAAAAAGCAAACAUAGUCUUAGACGAAGCGGCGCAUCUUUACGUCAUGAAUCUCUAGACGGUGGUGAGGAUAAUAAGGAGCUUAUAAAAUAUAAACCGAGUGCUCUAGUAUGUGAGGCUUCUCAAGACGGUGAGUUUAGUCAAAUAGAAAGCACGCGUAGUUUUUCAGAAAUUGACGAAUAUGCAAGCGAUACAAGCGAUCACAAUGGCUAUGAUUCUAUAACCGAAGCUGACAUUGGAAUUUUAGAGAUCCAAGGAAGUAAUGAAUCCUUAAGUGAAAGUGAUGAUAACAAAGAAAGUAGUCAUACGCUUCGUGGAGGAAUCAGCUCUGUUAGUGAAGUGAAAAGUAAGACUAAAAGCAAGCAGAGUGUUCAAGCAUGUGAUAGUGCCCAAGGUGAUGCUACCAAUAAGACAGAAAGCAAACUCACUAUUGAAGCUAGUAGCGAUUCGUCAAGUGAUACUGACUCGGACUCGUUAGAAAGCAAGCAGAGUGUUAUACUAUGUAAGGCUUACAAAGGUGAUGUCACCGUUAGAAAUGCUCUGGAACACAAAUUGAUCUUGCAAAGUGAUUCCUCAAGCGAAAGUGACGAUAACGAAGAAAGUAGUCAUACGCUUCGUGCAGUAUCCAAUUCUGUUAGUGAUGAGAAAAGUAAGACAGUUUCAGAAAUCAAACCGAGUGCUCCAGAAUGGGAGGAGUCCCAAGCCGAUUUUACUUAUAGAAAUGAAACUAACCGUUGUCUUGGAGCAGGUGCUCAUUAUUUAACCGAUUCUGAUAGUAGCUCAAAAUGUGCGUCACAUAGGGCUCAAAGAAGGAACCACUGUGUAUGUGGUCUUACUUAUCUUAAUGCAAAUAAGCCUUAUGCUGGAGCUCCCAAAAAUUCUUUAGGCAAUGACAGCAGCUCAGACUGUGCCUUACGUAGUUAUCGAGGAUAUGACCAUUCUCUGGGCGAUGCUAUUCACAAACGAGAAUAUUUGCAACAUACUCUUCGGGCAACUAAGCAUUAUCCAAAACAUCAGCCCGAAAUCAAAAAAACUCCUCAACCGAGUUCCGAUAACGAUGACGAUAAGGAGUGUUCAGGCAUUAAACACCUUAUAAAGUACGUCACGCAGAUUGUGGUUGCAGAAAUCGUGCGCGGCGCUAAGGAAGAUUCAGGUGCUGACGAUGUUGACGAAUUGAGCAAAAAAAUAUCUAGCUCUGUUAUCGAUGAGGUCGUUGAAGCUACAGUUAAAAAUCUAAAUUUUGACAAGAUAACAGAUGAGACUAUGGAUGCCUUGAAAAAAAUUGUAAGCGCGAAUGUACUUUUAGAAAAGGUUAUAUCGAUGAGUGCAAUACGAGCGAUUGGCGCUAUGGAUGCAACGGAGGAAGAGUUAGAUAUCAUGAGAUAUAAGUUUUUCAAAUCUGAGUUCUUACAAAAGAAAAGAAAGCAAAAAGUUGACACUGAAGCGCUGCUUGAUGCGCCCGGGUUUGCAGCAAGGAUUUAUGAUGAUAAGUUAACGUAUUGUGUUGCCGACUUCAUCAUUAAUGACAUUAUUGAGAAUCUGAUUGAUGAUACUAGUGAGCAUUUAACCGCUUAUGUCGCCGAAUACAUAACGGAAGAUAUUCUCGACGAGCUAUCGGCAGCAUACUCCGAAUACUUGAAGAAAUCGAAUGAUACGAACGACAGUACGAGCGAGGAUGAUACACCUAGUAGCUCUGUGAGUACUUCGGACAUAUCCCAAUCAACACCUAGAGCGCGCGACUCAGUAAUUUGGAAGCAGUUCAUUGAUUAUGAUGACAGUUGUUCGUACGGUUUGCCAGUACCCCGAGUCUACGAACGAUCGAUUUUCACUUAUGUCGAUUUUAUAGAUAAUCCCAACUACAUUUUGACAGUGCCGAACAAACCAAGCUAUGAAAAACUGAUAGUCGAUAGGGUCAACUUCAAUUUAAAACCUAACAAUUUUAUUAAAGUCGGCGACCGCUGGUUCGAAUGCAUAUCGAAUUUGCUGAGAUUGCACUCGGCUUGGUUUGCCAACAAAAAAUGGGAUGUUGAGGUCUUUGAGAUUAGUGUGUCUGACGUUUCCCCAUCGGCGUUUGAGCUCAUCUAUGAAUGGAUGCGCUUUCGUACGCCCAUCACUUUAUUCAACGCCAUUAAAGUGCUGCAGGCAUCUAGAUUUUUGGAGAUUGAUAUACUUAAAAAAGAAUGCUUUAAGCUGAUCUCUCAGUCCUAUGUGCGGGAGAAAAUCGGGUUCAAAUUAUUUUUGGAUGCCGAGCAGAAGCCACUACUGAAAGACGUGCGAGAUAUCUUAUUGGAUCGCGUACGUAGCUACUUCUUGCCUUUGGUGGGCAGUGAUAAAUUCAAAGAUCUGAAGAUUCGCCAUCUGCUGAGCCUGCUAAAGCGCGACACAAUCGGUGUUAACUGUGAGGCCGAAGUGUUCUUUGCGGCACUACGUUGGCUGAGCAAAUCGGAAAAGCGGCUCAAAUACCUUGAGACGGUUAUGAGGUGUGUGCGAUUCCCUUUUUUGCCAAUGCCCCUGCUAUUUAGCUUACGCAAUAUGGGAAUGGAGGCGGAGAAGAAGCCCUUUGGCACCACAGAGCGUGUCCUGCAGGAGUUCCAAGCGAAUCCGGAAUUGAGGCAAUGGAUACUCGAUACAAUGACCUGCAUUAGCUUGCAUGUUCAGAGCCAAAACGAUGGCGAAAAUAUAAACAGGGACGUCGAAGAAAACAAAUAUUUUCGUACGCGAAACUGGAUGUAUCAUCCCAGGUGCCCGUAUCACUUGCAACGCAUCAAGUAUCCCUAUCAGCAUUCGUUCACUGAAGACGACUUCGACAAAUUUGUACACACUGUACAACUUGAAUGGUUAGGCGAUUAUCCACCGCCGGGUGAUAUGCAGAGUGUUGAAUUUGAUAGCAUUCUGGUCUAUGCGCCUAAGUUGAGACUGGACUAGUAAUAUGUUAUAUAUAUAAUAUGUACAAUAUAUAA